AUGUGCUCAACGAGGUUUACAUUGAAAAGUGUGAUAUUUAUUUCAUUACUUUUUGUGAAGGUGUUUUCUUAUGUUGAAUUCACAAAUAUUGUUUGCAAAUCUCUUGAUAAGAAAACAGUGGAAAUUUCUUAUAGUUACAUGAAGUCCAUAAAUCGUUCCUACAAGUACAUUUCCCUGCGGGCAAAAGUUCAUAAGUUACCAAUAACGAAUUUGAAGAUAAAUUAUGCCCUGUUCAAAAGAGCAAAUGGCUAUAAGCCUUUUUUAUAUAACAUAACUGUUGAUGCUUGCGCUUUUAUGAAGUCACAUAAUAAUCCAGUCACGACGUACAUAUACAACAUAAUUAAAGAACAUACAAAUCUCAACAGAAGUUGUCCUUUAAAUCACGACAUCAUUGUAGAGAAACUUGAUGCCACUUUUUUAGAGAAAAAACUAAUGCUUUUACCGUUUCCGUCUGGACAAUACGCUUUUAACUCAAUAUGGAUCAUCGAUAAUAUUUCCCGUGUUGACUUUUGGCUGUACUUCAAGAUAAUUACAGAUAACUAA